CAGCCAAACACAUUGAUGUCUUGAUGACUGAUGCCGGCCGUGCCCACUAGACGCGUGCCUCAGUGCUCGACGCGUGCACUAAUGCUGGCACUGUUUGAAAUACUCGGAAUUCACGUUCAGAUAAUUUACUUGUGAUUUGCUCUUCUUCCACCUCUUUAUUUACUCCAAACCCUCCAAUCAAUUUGCUCUCUUUAUCCCGACCUCUCGCAAUUCACAAUCUUGUUUUGGCUGGAUUCUGGGAUGGCUGUUCACUGCAGCCCUCGUCAGCAUGGAAGACUCUGAAUGUGCAAACGCCCAGUUCUUGGCCUGGGUCAAGGAAUGGCUAGAUAUUGCUAGAGAACGCAACUCCAAAGGCGUCACAGCUUACAGAAAUGCAUAUGAAUCUCUAAAAGCUUGCCCUAUCGCAUUUGAGCAUCCCGCGUCGCUACAGCAGCUCAAGGGAUUUGGGCCAAAACUCUGCGAGAGGCUUGAAGAUAAGCUGAAGCAGUACUGUCAGCAAAAUGGGCUGCCGAUGCCCGAACACCCUCAAGUUAGGAAAGCCAAUGAAAGGGCCCAGCAAGAAGGAGGUGAUGCAGAGGCAAGGCCCAAGAAAAAAACACGACAGCCCAAGGCGUACGUCCCUGCGUUUCGGUCAGGAGCCUAUGCUCUAAUACUGGGCCUCUCCCAUCUUCCCGAAGACGUAUCCUCCAGCUUAACCAAGACGGAGCUGAUAGAGGCCGCUCAACCACACUGUGACGCCUCAUUCACCACGCCAGUUGACACAACAAAGUUCUACACGGCUUGGAGCUCAAUGAAGACGUUGGUUCAGAAGGAGCUGGUUUAUGAGAGGGGACGGCCGCUACGCCGCUAUGCAUUGACAGACGAAGGGUGGGCGGUAGCUAAACGAAUCAAAGAGACAGCGCAGUGGCAAGAUGAAAACAGGUCCAACAUGCAGCAAGGAUCGAAUCUCCGCCAGCAGCCACCAUCUAUAACAGUAGAAGAUGAAGGCUUGAUGCCCAAUGUUUAUGAAGCCGUAACAACAGCCGACGAGCCUUCGAUUUAUAAGAAUAUCGUCUCAGAUGGCCCAGUUGUAUUGGAAGAUGAAGAUUUGCCUACUUUCACUCCGAUUAUACUUUCACCUGGCUCUUUCACCGUGCACCUGCUACUCGACGUUCGAGAGGUCAGAGCCAAAACGGAUCGCGACUAUAUGCAGGAGGAAUUGGUUAAGCAAGGCGUAAAGCCAAUCAUGAGAAGUCUAGAGGUUGGCGAUGUCCAGUGGAUUGCCAAAUGCCAUGACCCAUCGCUAUUGUCUAGACACGGAGCAGAAGGGGAUGAGAUUGUCCUGGACUGGAUCGUCGAGAGAAAGCGUCUGGAUGACUUGAUUGGGAGUAUCAAGGACGGUCGGUUCCACGAACAGAAAUUUCGACUUAAUCGAGCCGGCGUCAAAAAAGUUGUCUAUCUCAUUGAAGAAAUCUCGAUGGAUUCUGCUGCCUAUCAGAGAUAUGAGGAGGCAGUGCAGUCAGCCAUCGCUUCAACGCAGGUAGUUAAUGGCUAUUUUGUGAAACGAACUCAAAAGAUUGACGACACCAUCAAAUAUCUAGCUAAGCUGACUGCAAUGCUCAAACGUACCUACGAGAAGAAGCAGUUGCUUGUCAUCCCAACGAAAGUAAUCACCGCACAGAAUUACUCGCGCUUAAUUCAGCACCUUCGUGAAAAGGAGCCCUCAGUUGGAUAUUAUGUUACCUAUCCCGCCUUUGCAUCUUUAGCUUCCAAAUCGGAGACGAUGACCCUUAGAGACAUCUUUCUCAAGAUGCUCAUGACAACCAAGGGACUCACUGGAGAGCGCGCUCUCGAAAUUCAGCGCAGAUGGAAGACACCACAUGAUUUUGUAAAAGCAUUUCACGCAUGUGGAACAGAUGAGCAAGGCAAAAAGCGCAAGAAGGAGCUCGUAUGCAGCGACCUGAGUCACCUGAUUGGACGUAAAAAGAUAUCCAGACCCCUGAGUCACAAGAUUGCAGAAGUUUGGGGAGACGCUUGA